GAUUCGUCAUUGGCGCGACCAGUAAUAAACUCUCGAACAUUAUGGAUACCACACUUGAAAUAUGGAGCAUGUUUGUAGUGUUGCUAACAUUCGCACAUGGUCAAAGUAUAACUACUACCACCACUACCACCGAGACCCACACGGAAACGGAAACGACAGAAUAUGGACCUAUUAGUAUGGUGGUGGAUCAGCUUGCUGGAAUAGCAGUGGAUGUCAGUGAUCAGACCUCCUCCCAAUUGCAGGGAAAUAUAGAACGGGCUUUGAGUGCUGUGACGGGUAACAUUGAAAGUCUGACCACCAAUGCCAUGGAUGAAAUGGAGAGAGCCAUCAUUGAAGCCAAUCAGUUCAUAUUGGACAAUCCUAGCUGUAAUCCUGCUUGGAAUCUGCAGGAGUUCACGGCGAAUGUGACACAUCAACUUGGCGGCUGUACUCUCAAUCUGGGCAGACUAGUUGAAGCUUUUCGCCGCGACGGACAAAAAGUGAUGGCCGAUGUGCAGAGCUUUAUCCAGCAGAUGGCCCAAUUGCCUAUAAUGUGCCAGGGUCAGCAGGUGGGCGUGGCAUUGGGGGCGUUGAGCUUUGAGUUUGACAACAGCAACAAUUGCUUCAUGCGCGGCAUAACGGCAAUCAAUCAAGGAUUAGCUCUGGCCAUGCACAAUGCCUCACUGUUUCUGUUGCACACACGCCAGUUGUCCCAGGAGCAAGUGGCGCAGUCCCAGCAAUGCACCGAUGCAGUUGUCUACCAGGUUCUUCAGCAUCUCAGCGCUCAACGCGCCAAUUGCAGCUAAGUCGUAAAUCGUAGGGAAAUUUGGUUGUACCAUAAGCAAAUAAAGAAGACAAUUUAUGCACCCAAAGGAUACGCCUGGGCAGGAUGCACUAUACUCUCAUUGCUUAUGCAUGCGCAUAAGUCUGCGAAAAAAAUAAGGGAAUUAUCAACAAG